AUGACACGUCGGCCUUCACGGAGGGUUUGUUGUACUGUGAGGGAAGUUGAUGUCGCCACAGGGAAGGUGCUAAGGAAAGUGCCUCAGAGCGGUCAGGUGUUCAGUGAAGGGCUCGCACUCGUUAACAACAGGCUGUUCCAGUUAGCGUGGCAGGUGAAAACUGGGACAAUAUACAACCGCGUCACUCUGCAAAAGACUGGCAGCUUCCGCCACCAGAUGACGGAUGGAUGGGGCCUGUCAACGUACAACCGAUCGCUGCUGUUUGGCUCCGAUGGCACCUCCUACAUCUACUUCAUCAGCGCAACCACCUUCAAGACGCUGCACAAGGUGCAAGUGACGGAUGGCGGAAAGCCCAUAGCAUGGAUCAACGAGCUGGAAGUGAGGGGUGGGCGUAUCUACGCCAACGUGUGGCAGACGGACUGCGUUGCUGUGAUCGACCCGCUGUCAGGGCGAGUGGCUGCCUGGAUGGACCUGCAACGCUUGAGGGCUCUAUCAGCAGCUCAAUUGAAGCCUAAUCAGGAGUUUGAUGUGCUGAACGGCAUUGCAUGGGAUGCACAACAGAGACGCGUCUUUGUCACCGGGAAAUACUGGCCACUGGUGUUCCAGAUUGCUCCCAAGACUAUCACAGGAUCAACUCCUGAUGACGUGGCAGCCAUUCGGCUGCGUUGCCACCCACAGGUGUACAGGAGAUGA